AUGAGCGGCCUACGCUUCCUCGAUCUGAUCAAACCCUUUAUGCCCCUCCUCCCGGAGGUGGCAGCCCCCGAGACCAAGGUUCCAUUCAACCAGAAGGCUAUGUGGACAGGUUUGACCCUCCUCAUAUUCUUGGUUAUGAGCCAAAUGCCUCUCUACGGAAUUGUAUCCUCCGACACCUCCGAUCCGCUAUAUUGGCUACGUAUGAUGCUGGCCUCCAACAGAGGAACCUUGAUGGAACUGGGUAUCACCCCAAUUAUCUCCUCCGGCAUGGUCUUCCAGCUUCUUGCUGGAACCCAACUCAUCGACGUUAACCUUGACCUCAAAACCGAUCGCGAACUGUACCAAACCGCCCAGAAGCUCUUUGCUAUCAUCUUGUCUUUCGGACAAGCUUGUGUCUACGUUCUCACCGGUCUUUACGGCCAGCCUAGCGACUUGGGAGCUGGUGUCUGUGUUCUGUUGAUCGUUCAGCUGGUUGUCGCGGGACUGGUUGUCAUUCUCCUCGACGAGCUCUUGCAGAAGGGCUACGGUCUUGGAAGUGGUAUCUCCCUCUUCAUUGCCACCAACAUCUGCGAGUCUAUCAUCUGGAAAGCUUUCUCUCCCACCACCAUUAACACUGGCCGUGGACCUGAGUUCGAGGGAGCCGUCAUUGCCCUCUUCCACCUUUUGCUCACCUGGCCCGACAAGCAACGCGCUCUGUACGAAGCUUUCUACCGCCAGAACCUCCCCAAUAUCAUGAACCUCAUCGCAACCCUCGUCGUUUUCGCCGCUGUUAUCUACCUCCAAGGUUUCCGCGUCGAAAUCCCCGUCAAGUCUUCCCGUCAACGUGGUGUCCGUGGAUCCUACCCCGUCCGUCUCUUCUACACUUCCAACAUGCCCAUCAUGUUGCAAUCCGCCCUCUGCUCCAACGUCUUCUUGGUCAGCCAGAUGCUCUACUCUCGAUUCUCUGACAACAUCCUUGUCAAGCUCCUUGGUGUCUGGGAACCCCGUGAUGGCGGUUCUGCCCAGCUCUAUGCCUCUUCCGGUAUUGCCUACUACAUGUCCCCACCAUUCAACUUCAAGGAAGCUCUCUUGGACCCUGUCCACACCGUUUGCUACUUUAUUUUCAUGUUGGUUGCCUGUGCUCUCUUCUCCAAGACCUGGAUUGAAGUCUCCGGCUCUGCUCCAAGGGAUGUCGCCAAGCAGCUCAAGGACCAAGGACUGGUUAUGGCCGGCCACCGUGAACAAAGCAUGUACAAGGAACUCAAGAGGAUCAUCCCUACCGCUGCCGCUUUCGGUGGUGCGUGUAUCGGUGCCUUGUCCGUGGCCAGUGACCUUAUGGGGGCUCUAGGAAGUGGAACCGGUAUUCUCCUCGCAGUAACAAUCAUUUACGGCUACUUCGAAAUCGCCGCACGGGAGGGCGACUUCGGCGCUGGCCUCAAAGGUCUAGUCCCCGGCAACUAA